AUGGCUACUCCCGAACUACUACAACACAUCAAGGCUGGCAACAUCCACAAGAAAGUUCCGUUUGAGACGUAUUUGACGCAGAUCAAGCCGAUCCACGAGACUCUCAAGAAGGUCGACAUCAACGUCGAGUUUGACCCUAAAAAACACCUUGCUUUCGACCCAGAGUGUCUCAACACCAUCAAGCGCACCACGAUGGAGGAGUUUGGCUGUGUUGCGGAGGACCAGAUCUCGGACGUUGGCGCAAGCGCUCCUUUCCCGCUGUUCACCGAAGAGGCGGUGGAAAUCAUGCGCGCAGAGAUCCUCAGAGAGGAGGUGUUCACCAAAUGGGCCCGCAUUUCGCAGAGCUCCACGUCGGGCCUGGACUGCGUGAUCCGCGGUCACGUGAGAACAACCUGUCCGUUCACGCGCGCUGCGUGGACCCAUCCGGCCACCGUUGCGGCGGUUUCUGCCAUGGCGGGCGUCGAGCUCGAGGUGAUCAUGGACUACGAGAUCGCCCACGUUAAUAUCGCCAUGCGGUCCGAGGACGAGGCACAGAACCAGCGGAUUUCUGCCAGAAGACGGUCGUCUCUGGCCGACAAGUUCGACAAAGAGGUUCCUGCCGUUGUUGGCUGGCACAACGACUCCUAUCCGUUUGUGUGUGUUCUCAUGUUGUCCGACACGUCUGAGAUGAUUGGCGGAGAAACUCUGAUCCAAACAGGAACAGGUGAGGUUGUUCCUGCCGCCGGCCCAGCAAAGGGAAAGGCCACCGUGCUACAGGGCAGAAAAUUGCUGCAUCUGGCUUCUGUUCCGGUCGGAUACACCGAAAGAAUCACCGCAGUCACCUCGUACAGAGCAAAAGACUCCACCAAGCCAGAAACAAGCGUCCUCAACACGGUCAAGCCAGAACGCAGCUUCGGAUCCAUCUACGACGAGUUCUACCCAGAAUGGGUCUCAUAUAGAAUGGACGUGAUUAGCGACAGAGCAAAAGCCAUCCAAAAACAAUUCAUCAAGGCCAGAGACGAAAAUAAGCCUUUUGAUAAAGACGCUGCUUUUGAAAAACUUAAGGACCUCGACGCUUAUGUUGCUAAAACUUGGAAAGAAAUGGUGGUCACCGACGAAGACUUUGUGAACCACUAUAGAAAACCAACUGUGUAA